AUGUCGAUUGCACAACUUCCUCCAGAUACUAUCAGGGCAGUAAGGUCAAACUCUGUGCUCUCCGACCCAUGCGCCCUUGCGAAAGAGCUUAUCGAUAACAGCCUUGACGCUGGAGCCACCUGCAUCUCAGUUGAGGUGGCAGCUAACACACUCGAUACCAUUCAAGUCAAGGACAAUGGCACUGGAAUCCAUCCGAAUGAUCGUCAUCUGGUUUGCAAACGUAGCUGUACUAGCAAACUUCGAAGUAUUGAUGAUUUGGAAAAUAUCGGUGGAAGCACUUUGGGUUUCCGAGGAGAGGCUCUCGCGAGUGCUGCUGAGAUGUGCGGCACGACCGUUCGUGUAGAUGAGUUCUUGAGAUUUGUUCCUGUUCGGAAACGGAGAGCGCUGAAGAGUGCUUCCAAAACACUCAACCGAAUGAAGAAGGUUUUGAAUGCAUACGUGCUCUCGCGCCCUGAAAUUCGACUUUCAUUUAAAAUCCUAAAGAGAAAAAAUGAUUCUAGCUGGAUAUAUGCGUCCAACAAACAUCCAACGGUUUCCACUGCAAUGUUAAGAGUUAUUGGUGCGGAAGCAAUUUCGCAAUGCACAACAAUAACGUGGCCGCAAAUUCAAGAUGAGAGAGAUGAUUCUUUACGGCCUAUGUCAACAUCCAAUGGCGUUGCGAAGGAGCUAGUCGAACUGUUCAAAUCCCAUAUUCGUUCUGGAUCUCUUUGCGAUAGUGGCCAAACACCACCAGUGGAUCCAUUCUGUUUUAUACAUCUACAUUGCCGUCCCGGCAUCUACGAUGUGAAUGUCGAGCCAUUGAAAAAUGAUGUUCUUUUUGAAGAUUCGAAACUAGUGAUCUCCAUGGCAGGAAAUCUAUUCAAAACCGUUUAUGGCGAAACCAAGCCGAGACAUACACAUCAGAGGAACUGCCAAAUCGAAAACCAACCGUCAUCCUCUCGGAUGAUACGACCGCUUGACAGCCGGCCGGCUAACAAUCAACGUGACCACGAAGUCGAGGAAUCUCCAUUAUUUCGGCAUAUCUCGAGCUCCGCGACAAAAGAUUGCCAUUCCAUAGAAUGCAUUUGUGCCAGCUCGUCGAAGGCGAAGAAAGACAAUAUGUUAGCAGGAAGUUGUGUCGACACUUACGCCUGUCCACGAGCGGCCGAAAGUAAUCUCAGCCUUUUGAAUAGUUCCCUACUGACCAAUCCAUGGCUGCUUGCCAAAGGGCAACAUGUAACACCCCGGAAGGAAGACGCACAGUCCCGUGACUUAAACUCUCAACUCCUCACCCCUGCGUAUCAGGAUGGGCGUUCUCGGUUGGAUGAAAAAAGGAUAAAAAAUUGUGGGGCGAAUUCUGUGUUUGCUGGCCCCCCAUACCCCACGCCCGUUUCUACGCGAACACUUGAGACGCGUUUGGUCGAAGGCGACAACGACAAAUCUUCAACAGAUGUUAGAAAGCCACAGACGAGCGAACUGUGCAAUGUACCCCAACUCACAGCUAGCCAUAAAAGCAAACAAAGGAAGUCAUCGGGGGUGCUGGGCAGCCUGGACGCCUGGAUAAGAAAUUGCCGAGAUGCCCCUAGUCAUUCUACUGAGGAAAGCCAUGCUGUGGGGAUACUACAGCAAAGCGAACCCGAUGGAAAUGAACUUACAGAAACUGAUAUUGCAGGGCGCUUUGGUAAAGAGGACAAUGCUGUUACCACAAGCCUGAGCCAUGGAGAUUUUUCAGCAGGGCUAUCACCACGCACAUCACUAAAUGCCCUAGGUAUCCAUCUGAACUCUGCUCAUACUAACACAAAGAACCACUGUCAGCCAUUGGCGAUUUCCCAAGAGGAGGAUGAUGAUCCAGAUUAUCGGAUUCAUAGGUUGACUGACAAUCGUCCAACUUCUCGUCCAACUUCUCCGUCACACGAAAUGAUAGCUGAGGCACUAGAUUUCGAAUACCGGAAGAAAACCGCUAUCCAACUCCACAGGAAAAGACAGCAGCAGCAGCAGCAACAACAGCAACAGCAAAUCUCAACUCAGUCGACCUUACACUCAUGGGCGGGAGCCAAUAAUGCUAAAAUAUCACAAGGUUCUCCACAUCAAAAUCGAUACCGGAGAGCCAAAGCCCAUUUAGUCAAUCAGUUGCCAGAGCUGGAACUUCCCAGACAUGAGAUAACAUCUCGCCGUCCAAAAUGA